UCUCGUAUAUGGGAUGUUAUUCUCCCAAGUAGCAUGUGUUCUUCACGUCCUUCAACACACCUCAUCUUCGUCCAAUCCUCUAGCCACCAUUAGUUAAAACUAAUGCUAUAGCACCUUUAGUUUGACUAGUCAAAGAAAGGUUGGUGCUUUCGAUAUGUAUAUUUGUAUAGCUUUUUCAUAAAUAUACCCACUACAAACCUAUUGAAUGCCUUGAACAAUAUGGGGCUCUUAGUUGUGUUCUUAAUUUUCUUUCUUUAUCAGCUUUCUUUUUCUUCAUCCAUAUUUCUGUGUCCCAAACAUCAAAGCAUUUCCCUUGUAAAAUUCAAGGAAACAUUUACUAUAAAUCCCUAUGCUUCUUCUAGAUGUUAUUUCCGCGGUCAGAAGCCUUAUCCAAAAACGAAUUCAUGGAACAUGAGUAGAGAUUGUUGUUUAUGGGAUGGAGUCAUAUGCGAUGACAUGACUGGCCAUGUCAUUGAACUUGACCUCGGUUGCAGCCGUCUUGUUGGGACAAUUGAUUCCAAUAGCAGCCUAUUCCAACUCUCUCAUCUCCAAAGACUCAACCUUUCUUGGAAUGAAUUCCACGGUUCUCAUAUCUCGCCUGAAUUUGGUAGGUUCUCGAGCUUGACACAUCUUGAUCUUUACAACUCCAAUUUCUCAGGUCAAAUUCCUUCUGAAAUCUCUCAUCUUUCCAAGUUACACUCUCUUCGUCUCUAUGCUACUGGUAGUCUACGGCUCGUAGCUCACGAUUUUAAAUUGCUUCUUCAGAACUUGACUCAAUUAAGAGAGCUUGAUCUUACUUUCAUAAACAUCUCUUCCACCAUUCCUCUGAAUUUUUCUUCUCAUUUCACAAAUCUAAGGCUGGGAUUUACGGGAUUGUAUGGGAUAAUACCAGAGAGUAUUUUUCACCUUCCUAAUCUGGAAACACUUCGCUUAAAUUACAACUAUAAACUCAAUGGUCAUUUUCCAAAGACCAAAUGGAAUAGCAGUGCAUCUCUCAUGGAGUUAGACCUCAGUCGCGUGAAUUUUUCUGAUAAGUUGCCUGAGUCUGUUGGCUACCUAACUUCGAUGCAUUCUUUGUCUCUUCCAAAUUGCAACCUUAGAGGGCCUAUUCCUGAAUCUCUUUCAAAUCUCACUCGCAUAGUGCAUUUGUACCUUCAAGAUAACUCCCUGAAUGGAACAAUACCAUCAAGGAUGUUCUCCCGGCUUCCAUCACUAAGUCGUUUACACUUGAGUAAUAACCACUUCUCUGGUGAGCUUGAGGAUUUCAAGUCCAAUUCACUAGAAGAGAUUAUUUUAGGAGGCAAUCAGCUGCAAGGUCAAAUUCCCAAGUCAAUUCAAAACCUUGAGAACCUAACAGGGCUUGAUCUUUCCUUCAAUAACUUUAGCGGCAAUGUGGAUAUCAGCUUAUUUUCAAACCUCAAACAACUUUUGGGUGUUAGUCUUUCAUAUAAUAAGAUAUCAUUGAUCAAUGAGAACAAAGUUAAUUUUACAUGGCCUGAAUCUCUUAAUGUGUUGCAAUUUGCUGCAUGUGAAGUGAAAGAAUUGGAGUUUCUAAGAUCCGCAAACCAGCUUUUGGUGUUGGAUCUUUCACAUAAUAAGAUUCAAGGAAGAAUUCCUGAUUGGGCAUGGUCUAACUGGAUGUCAUUGAUGACUCUUGAUAUAUCCCACAACAUGUUGACGACUGUGGAGUCAAUUCCUCUUCGGACUGUAGAUACUAUUGAUUUACGGUCCAAUUUGCUUCAAGGUUCACUACCUAUUCCACCGAAUUCUACCAGAUACUUCUUAAUAUCCCAAAAUAAUCUCACCGAAGAAAUUCCUCCAUCUAUUUGCAAUUUGACAUCACUGAUAAUGCUAGAUUUGGCUAGAAAUAACUUGAAGGGAGCAAUUCCGCAAUGUUUGGGUAAUAUUAGUGGCCUCGAGGUUUUGGAUCUUCACAACAACAAACUUUCUGGGAAUAUUCCAACAAUUUUCAGCAAUGGAAGUUCACUGAGAAGCCUCAACUUGCACGGAAAUAAACUUGAGGGGAAAAUUCCCCGAUCUUUGGCUCAUUGCAAAGACUUGCAGGUUCUUGAUUUAGGAGAUAAUCAUCUCAUUGACACAUUCCCUAUGUGGUUGGGAACUCUUCCAAAGCUACAAGUUUUAAGCUUGAGAUCAAAUACAUUGCAUGGGUCCAUUCAACCUCCAAGGAUCGAAACUAUUUUUUCCGAGCUUCAAAUCAUAGAUCUCUCUUACAAUGCCUUCUCAGGAAACUUACCUACGAGUUUGUUUCAACAUCUGAAAGGCAUGAGGACAAUUGAUUCAUCAACAGAAGCACCAAGAUAUCGUGGAGAUACAUAUUACCAAGAUUCUAUUACAGUUUCAACCAAGGGAUUUAUGCGUGAAAUUGUGAGGAUCUUGUAUUUGUACACCGUUAUCGAUCUUUCAAGUAAUAAAUUUGGAGGGAAAAUUCCAAGUAUCAUGGGGGAUCUCAUUGCAGUUCACACAUUGAAUUUAUCUCAUAAUGGAUUGCAAGGUCAUAUUCCACAAUCAUUCGGAGAUUUAUCUUCAGUUGAAUCAUUGGACCUAUCAGGAAACCAGCUUUCUGGAGAGAUACCACAACAACUAGUUUCUCUUACAUCGCUUUCAUUCUUAAAUCUCUCCCACAAUCAUCUCCGAGGAUGCAUUCCUCAAGGACCUCAAUUUCACACUUUUGAGAACAGUUCAUAUGAAGGCAAUGAUGAAUUACGUGGAUUUCCUGUUUCAAAAAGUUGUGGCGAUGCUGGGGUAUUAGAUACAAACGAUACUGUAUCUGAACUACAUGAUGAAGAAAAUGAUUCUGAAUUUCUGAGUGAUUUUUGGAAAGCUGCUCUUAUGGGCUAUGGAAGUGGACUAUGUAUUGGAUUAUCCAUAAUGUAUUUCAUGAUUUCAAGUGGAAACCCGAGAUGGCUAGCAAGAAUUAUUGUAGAGAUGGAACAAAAAAUAAUGAUGGGAAGGAGAAAGAAUCAGCGAAGGAAAAGGAAUUGCAGAAAAAGAAAUAUGUAACAUUUCUUGUUUCAGUGAACUGUAUAAUUUACAAAUUUGUGCAGUUUAUUGCAUCUUCUAAACAACAUCGCGUAAUUUUUCCAUUUAUCAUCAAGUGAAAGAAGGUAGGAACACUUGAAUCUUCUCAUCAAUGUAUUCCUACUGACACAACUUUGACAUCUCUGCUCUCCUGGAGCCAAAAAACAGGUCAUUAUCUGUUCUAUGAAGGGAGACAGAUAUGUUUUCCGUUAAACAUUUAGUGAUGAUAAAUUUUCCUUUCACAAAAACAUAUAGCGGUAUUGAGUUAAUGUCAUUGCAUUCUAAAUAUCAUAGAAACUGGUCUCUUUUGGUUGUCGCCGACUUUCAUAUAGGCACAAUAGUUACUAGUAUGUGAACAUGUACACUUUCAUUAUAAAUUUCCCACUACAAGACUUUGAAAAACAAUACCAGUAUUUAAGUUUUUUUUUACAAAUGCUUUCAUUCCAUUGACUUUUGAAGUUGUCCAUUCAUUAACGGCAUUGCCUUCAUUAAAUAGAAAAAAAAGUAUACACAAAAUUCAUUUUUUGUGUGUUAUAUAUUACUAUCAAAAUACAGACCCUCUUAAUCAGAACAAAGCUUUUUCUUGAUUUUCACUGUCAACUCUAAACACUUUAAUGCGAAAGAUGGUCUACCGGCAAUUCUCAUUUCUGUUCUUUUUCUGUUUCUGUCUUCUUUCUUUUUGAUCAUCCAUACCUCAUCGGUGCCAUGAAGAUGAAAGUAUUUCCCUUCUAAAAUUCAAGAAAACACUUACUGUAGAUCUCUCAUCAGAUAGGUGUAUUCCCUACUCUUAUCCAAAUAUGAGUUCAUGGAACAUGAGCAGAGAUUGUUGUAGUUCUUAUAUUCUCACAUCUCACCUGAAUUUGGCAUGUUCUCGAGCUUGACACAUCUUAAUCUUAUCAACUCAUUUUUCUCAGGCCAAAUUCCUUCUGAAAUCUCUCAUCUUUCCAAGUUACAAUCUCUUUAUCUCUCACGGUAGGCUUCAGCAUGAGCAGAACUGCAAAUUUGGUUCAUACAACUGCCCUUAUGCAGGACCUGAAUGUUCUGUUACUGAUGAUAUUCAGUCCCUUGUUGCACACCUCAAAGACGAUCACAAGUUUGACAUGCACGAAGGCUGUACCUUCAACCAUCGCUAUGCAAAAUCCAAUCCUCAAGACGUUGAAAAUGCUACAUGGAUGUUGACCUAGCUGCAUAAUUUCAUCAAUCACAUACCAUUUACCGAUUCAAGGGUCAAAGCAGACAUCAAACUCAGUUAUAUGGUCUGAUAGAUAGCAUCAAUCUGGCACAGUGGAUUCUCCUGAUUGACUGGAGGCUUAUCUUUUGCAUUUCUUGUAAAAAUAUAUAACUUGUAAAUGGUUCUAUCUAGGUUCAGGUUUUUGGAUCAAUCAAUUUUAUGUAUUUAAUCGCCACUGAAAUUAUGCAUUAGCAGCGGCAUUGGUUGCUACAUUAA